CGCGCAGAGCAAAUGAAAGGCGGCUGAAAAAACCGAUUAGAUUCAACCGAGCGUGAACUAAUAGGAGGUAGUAAGCUGCAGUGGAAAUAAUACAUCUCAUCACGUCAAUAUAUGCAUCCAUUGCACAUAUUGAUGAUAUAGACGAAGAAUAUCUAGUGAUUUACCUUAACAUAAUCUAUCGUAAACAACACAGUACUUCCGCGGUGGGAGUUGAGUUGUUUAGCGUUCUCUUGGCAACACCUCUGUUCAGUCUGAGGUCAUCAACGACGAUGGCCCCUAAGAAAAAGAAAUCUGGAAAAAAGUCGGCCCCUAAAAAGGUUGGAGAGGGAAAGAACGCUGAACAAGACCGUGCCAGAGAAGCUCUGCUGCAUAUCGAGUAUGAAAAACUGAGGGAUAUGUGGAACAACUUGAAGAACCGAAAAGAAUGGCUGAUUUGUGAAAAUCAGUCUUUACAAAGAGAAGUGGAUCAGACUCGUCUGGAGAGCCAAGAGUACAUUGCCUACCAAUCCAAGAGACACCAGAGGCUUCAGAGUUUGAUGGGCAGCUCCACUGACCAACCGGGUCACAUGGACCUGAAGCGACAGGGGGAGGAGCUCCAGGGACGGACCAAUGAGCUGAUGAAGCAGUUAACGGAGAAGGAGACAGAGCUGGUUCAUCUCGACGCAGAGCUCCGUGCUCUCAGUCAGUACAAGGGGGCGGAGCAGCAGUGUGUGUCCCGCCUGGGGGAGCUGAGGGCGGAGCGACCGGGGCUGCAGCGCCACCACCGGGACGUCCUGCGCGGGCUGCAGGCCCACCUGCUGUCGGAGAGGGAGCGAUCCGAGGGGCGGGCCAGGCAGGCCUUCCACACCGCCGUGCUCACAGCCAGCAGGGAGGUGCUGCUCUCCCAGCAGUCUCAUAAUAAACAGGUUCUGGAGGAGAACGAGAGGCUGAUUGCGGAGCUGCAACAGCUCAUCGAGAAGGCCCGCCUCCUGAGAGACAGACAGGGUCACCUCCGGACCACCAGAGACCCCCUCCUCCUUGAGAGAGAGUACACCAGCGCGCUGAUGAGGCGACGCGACCCUUGACCUGCAGACUGCAUGGACGGAACAGUCGUGAUAUUCCUCACGAUUUUUCUAUUAGGAAAUAGAAUGGAUAGAUUUUUAUAGACUGAGUUUUUCAUGUUUGUUGUAUGCUAGAUGUGGGCCUUAUCGUCCUCCAAAUUUUUACUCUUCAAUGAAUUUUUUUUUCUAACAUUCCAUUUCAUUCUCUUAACUCAUCAUGUUUACAGAUUUUUACAAGGAAGCAGAAAAAUUAAUCAGAGGACGGGGAAGUAGAGAAAAUUUUGAAUAAAACGCUGAUGAACUGAGAAGUCCUACAUUUAAGUAGCCUGGCAAGCCAAAACCAUAUCGGAAAGAUUAAAUUUGCUGCCGCUAGGGGCGACUAGAUUUCUAGGCUAACAUUUAAGCACCGCGGAUAGCGACUCCAAACACAUGCAUGUAGUCGCCAGAUAGUGUCGCUAUUUGACAUGAUAGGAUGUUUAUGAACCGCGGCGCUUUUGGCUUCAACAGAGGUAAUCAUCGUUUUGUUGAUCAUUUAAUCUGAAUAAUGAUAUGGGGCCAAUUGGUCUGUCAGUUAGCAUUGCUGCGCUUUAAACCGUACUCCUUAAAACUGAGGUUUUGGAGUUUAACACGCAGCUGCGCACGAGGUUGAACGUGAUUGCUGUGCGACGACUCUUACUGGAUCAGCUGAUUCCUAGCUGACUCGGUUUAAACUGCUUGGAAACCGGAAGUACUCUGAUUUCUACCCCAGCAGAUGCAGUCUUAACUUAAUGGUGGAUGCAUUUUGUGCUAUAAUUACCAA